AUGCAAGCCCGCACCGCCCGCACCGCCUGCUGGGUCUGCAACUCCUGCCGCCAAACCUCCCGCCUCUCGCUCCAUCUCACCCGCCGACGGACGUACGCGACGGUGGGGCCCAAGCCGGAGAUAUACGAUGUUGUAUGUGUAGGUGGAGGUCCAGCAGGCCUGAGCCUGCUCAACGGACUGCGCUCGUCGCCGAUCACGUCAGGUCUGAAGAUCGCAUUGAUCGAGGGCUUGGAUCUUGAGAAGGGAAGGCUGAAGGAUGCUUCGCCGACGCAUUUCGCAAACCGCUGCAGCUCGUUGACGCCGGCGUCGGUGCAGAACUUGAUAGAAAUGGGGGCCUGGUCCCACAUCGACCAAUCCCGUGUCCAGCCAUACCAAGAGAUGCAAGUAUGGGACGGAGUCAGCGAUGCACGCAUCUCCUUCGACUGGGCAGAGGUCAGCCGGAAGCCCGACCAGCCCACGACCAUCGCCUACAUGAUUGAGAACGCCAACCUGACCACUGGCCUUCUCAACCGUCUAUCAGAGUUAGGCGGCAUCAGAACUUUCUCGCCCACACGCGUCGAAUCCAUCCAAUUAGGCACGGACUCCCCCGACGGUCUAGACCUGAGCUCCUGGCCCAUCGUGACCCUCAGUGACGGCCGCACCCUCGCCGCCCGACUCCUCGUCGGCGCCGAUGGCGCCAACAGUCCCGUCCGGGCGUUCGCCGGAAUCCAAAGCCGCGGCUGGGACUACGGGCGCCACGGCGUGGUCGCAACUCUAAACCUGGAUGGUCCCGGCCGGGGCGGCCCGGAGCACAAGAUUGCCUAUCAACGCUUCCUCCCGACUGGCCCCGUGGCCAUGCUCCCCCUGCCCGGCAACAUGGCCUCGCUCGUCUGGUCCACCACCCCCGAGCGUGCCGCGCUCCUGCGCUCCCUCUCCCCCGCCGACUUCACCGCCAUGGUCAACGCGGCCUUCCGCCUGACCCCCGCCGACCUCGACUACCUGCAUUCCAUCCCCGCCGGCCAAGCCGACGAGGUGGCCUGGCGCCUACCGCACGCCGCCGCCAGCAGGCCGCAGUCCGCCGCGCGCCGCCUCGUCCCCACGACCGCGACGGCGGUGCAGGACCGCAGCGUCGCCGGCUUCCCGCUCAAGCUCCGCCACGCCGACACGUACGUCGGCGAGCGCGUCGCCCUCGUCGGCGACGCCGCCCACACCAUCCACCCGCUCGCCGGCCAGGGCCUCAACCAGGGCCAGGGCGACGCCGCCAGCCUCGCGCGCGCGCUCGCCGCCGCGGCCCGCGCCGGCAUGGACGUCGGCGCCCCGCUCGCCCUCGAGCCGUACGUCGCCGACCGCUACCAGGCCAACAACGCGCUGCUCGGCGUCUGCGACAAGCUGCACAAGCUGUACAGCGUCGGCUCCGGCCCCGUCGUCGGCCUGCGGAGCUUGGGGCUGAGUGCGGUGGAUGGGUUGGGCGCUGUCAAGGGGCUGCUCAUGAGGGCCGCGGCCGGGAAUGGGAAGGUGGCGUCGUAG